AUGGUCAAGGAGCAGGCCAGGAGACAGGUGCGGGCAGCAGGUGGUGACCCCGGGGACUCCAGGCUGGUGCGCAGCAUCAGCGAGCUCCAGUUUGGACAGUACCGGGGUCAAACUUUUAAAUGGUUGCUGACCCAUGACCUCGGCUAUGCCGUCAUGGUGUUGGCAACCCACCAGAGGGAGCGCGAAGAUGGCCAGGUGUUGGAUAGCCCGCUGGCGAGCAAUAAGAACGCCCUGGAGUCCUACGCCUGGCUCUUUCCCGACGUGAAGACGGCCAUCCGUCGUCGACGGGAGAGAGACGGGUCGGCCAGGACCCUGGACGAGGGCAAGAGGCUCGUCGGCUUCGGCCAACAUGGACACCUGACGUUUGAGGCCCUUUACGAUGCGGAAGAUCGGGAGGCUAAGAGUUACAUCAAAUGGCUCCGGCGCCAGACCACCAAAGUCGGGAUCAAGAUGCAUGCGCUCCAGCUGUAUGUGUGGCGGAGAGACGAGGCAAAGGCAGCAGCAGCAGCAACCUCCUCCCUUCCCAAAACCACCACUGUUACCCCCACCGCCUCUCUCUCUGCAGCAGCCUCCGUCGUCGAGAUUCCCGAUGAUGUGCUGCUGUCGGCCAGCAUGGAGUUGGAGGCUGGUAAGUGACUGCCACCCAUGGAAACUGGUGGUGGCUCCUUCACUUUUUCUGUUUAACCUGUUAUUUGCUUGAAUUUGUAAACAACCUUCCCCAGCAUCUACCUCCCAGUCUGCAACCAGUGGAGGGCCCGUGCCAUCCCAGCGCUCCCAACCGACGGCUGAUCUGGGAAAGCAGCCUUCGCAAAUGCUGUCUGUAGCCAGGAGAGAGGUGAGUUAAAAGGAUGUGUUUGUUUGAAUUGCAUUGCCGGGAAAGGAACAGGGCCUGUCUGAUUCUUUUUGUUUCUUUUUCUCUUG